AUGUCAGAUACCGAACUUCCAAUACUGUUAGAAGAAAUAUGUCAGCUCCAAGAACUUGGUGUAAGUUCAACUAGUAUUGGCUUUAACUGGCUGACCAUGGAAUCAGACCGUUUUAUCUGUGUGCGUGAAACUACUGGGCCAGCAAACCAAGUCGUGAUAAUCGAUCUCCUCGACACUUCAAAUGUACUUAAAAGACCAAUCACUGCCGACAAUGCAAUAAUGCACCCUACAAGUAAAAUUCUCGCGUUGAAAGCCGGAAGACAAUUGCAAAUAUUCAAUCUUGAUUUGAAAUCUAAAGUCAAAUCUUUUGUUAUGCAAGAGGAUGUAGUAUUUUGGAAAUGGAUUAAUCUCAAGACACUUGGGCUUGUCACAGGGCAAUCAGUAUAUCAUUGGUCAAUGGAAGGCGAUUCGCCUCCGGUUAAGGUGUUUGACAGACACGCAAGCCUUGCAAAUUCUCAAAUUAUUAAUUAUCGUGUUAAUGCAGAUGAAAUGUGGAUGGUUUUAGUAGGAAUAUCGGCUGUGGAGGGCAGAGUGGUGGGGAACAUGCAAUUAUAUUCUAAGGAACGUGCAAUUAGUCAACCAAUUGAAGGACACGCUGCAGCGUUUGCGACGAUCUUACUGGAAAAUGGAGUUUCACCCACAAGUUUAUUCACCUUUGCCGUACGAAAUCAAAAUGGGGCAAAAUUACAUAUUGUUGAGGUCAAUCAUAAAAGCGAAAAUCCACCAUUUACAAAGAAGACAGUUGAUGUUUUUUUUCCAUCAGAGGCUGCAGGAGACUUCCCUGUCUCUAUGCAAACCGGAAUUUGUAUAUAUAUGAACAGGAUUAGUGGUGAAACAAUUUUUGUGACUGCAGAACGUGAUAAUGCUAGUGGAAUAGUUGGAGUUAACCGAAAGGGACAGGUGCUAUCUGUUUGUGUUGAUGAAUCCAAAAUAAUUUCUUAUAUUAUAUCGACAUUAAGUAAUCCGGAAUUAGCACUAAGGAUCGCUUCCAGAUGUAAUUUGCCUGGUGCUGAAAAAUUAUAUAUGGAUAAGUUUAUGCAAUUAUUACAAUCAGGGCAAUACAAUGAAGCUGCCAAGGUGGCAGCAAAUUCUCCCCAAGGCUUCCUUCGUACUCCACAAACAAUAGAUCGCUUUAAAAACGUACCGGUGCUUCAAGGAUCAUUAUCGCCUAUUUUGCAAUAUUUUGGAAUUCUCUUAGAAAAAGGAGAAUUAAACAAGCACGAGUCUUUGGAACUUGCAAGACCUGUAUUGGCUCAAGGUCGCAAACAAUUAUUGGAAAAAUGGUUAAAAGAAGACAAGUUGGAAUGUAGUGAAGAGUUAGGUGACAUAGUUUUCCAACAGGAUGCGACAUUGGCAUUGUCGGUUUAUCUUCGUGCCAAUGUUCCAAAUAAGGUAAUUACUUGUUUUGCUGAGACAGGUCAAUACCCCAAAAUUGUACUUUAUGCCAAAAAAGUAGGGUUUCAUCCAGAUUAUCCUAUGCUCCUUCAAAAAAUUAUGAGUAAAGAUCCCGAAAAAGGAGCCGAAUUUGCUACUUUGUUGGUUAGUGAUGAGGAUGGACUGAUUGUUGAUGUGUUCAUGCAGAAUAAUAAAAUUCAACAAGCUACUGCGUUCUUGUUGGAUGCACUAAAGGAAAACAAACCGGAACAUGGACAUUUACAAACUAGGUUACUAGAAAUGAAUUUGUUAAAUUUUCCACAAGUUGCUGAUGCGAUCCUUGGUAAUGAAAUAUUCAGUCAUUAUGAUAAACCACAUAUUGCAUCUCUAUGUGAGAAAGCUGGAUUAUUACAAAGAGCGCUAGAACAUUACACAGAAAUAAAUGACAUAAAGCGUGUUAUUGUACACACUGGAUCCAUGACCACUGAAUUUGUUGUUAAUUAUUUCGGAAAUUUGUCUGUCGAUCAAUCCCUCGAAUGCCUAACGGAAAUGCUUAAGAAUAACAGGCAGAGUUUACAAGUUGUAGUUCAAAUCGCAACAAAAUAUUCCGAGCAGUUACAGCCAUUAAAUUUAAUUAAUUUAUUUGAGUCCUUUAAAACUUAUGAAGGGCUAUACUAUUACCUCGGGUCAAUUGUCAAUAUUAGUACGGAUCCUGAUGUGCACUUCAAAUAUAUUCAGGCUGCUGUAAGGACUGGUCAAACCAAAGAGGUUGAAAGGAUUUGCCGGGAAAGCAAUUAUUACGAUCCGGAAAAAGUCAAAAACCUUUUAAAAGAAGCUAAGCUCGCAGACCAGCUUCCCUUGAUUAUUGUUUGCGAUCGAUAUGACUUUGUUCAUGAUUUGGUACUUUAUCUUUACCAACAAAACUUGUUAAAAUAUAUUGAAGUAUAUGUUCAGAAAGUCAAUUCAGCUCGUACACCUGCUGUUAUUGGUGGUCUAUUAGAUGUUGACUGUGAUGAAAUGAUGAUAAAAAAUCUUCUUAUGUCUGUUACCGGCCCAGUCCCAGUUGAUCAAUUGGUUGAAGAAGUUGAAAAGCGCAACCGACUCAAAUUAAUUUUACCGUGGUUGGAAUUACGUGUACAAGAUGGUAGUCAGGAUCCAGCUAUCUAUAAUGCAAUGGCCAAGAUAUAUAUUGACAGCAAUAAUAAUCCCGAAAGUUUCCUCAAAGAGAAUGCUCAUUACGAUUCUCUCACUAUUGGCAAAUAUUGCGAAAAACGAGACCCUUACCUAGCUUUUAUAUCAUAUGAGCGUGGUCAAUGUGAUUUAGAGCUUGUUAAAAUUACCAAUGAGAACGCCAUGUUCAAGCAUCAAGCUCGAUAUUUGGUUAAACGACGUGAUCCUCAAUUAUGGGCUCAUGUUUUGGAUGAGAAUAAUAUGUUUCGCAGGUCUUUAAUUGACCAGAUUAAUGCUGUAGCCUUACCUGAGUCGCAUGAUCCGGAAGAUGUUUCUAUUACCGUCAAAGCAUUCAUGUCUGCCGAUUUACCAAUUGAAUUGAUCGAACUCUUAGAGAAAUUGAUAUUGGAGAAUACGGCUUUCAGUGAUAAUAAAGCUCUCCAAAAUUUGCUUAUUCUCACAGCAAUCAAGGCUGAUAAAGCUAAAGUGAUGGAUUAUAUAAAUAAACUUAAUAACUUUGAUGCUCCCGAAGUUGCUGAACUUGCUAUUAAAAACAAUUUAUUUGAGGAAGCGUUCACAAUUUUCAAGAAGCAUGAUGAUAAUACAAACGCCAUGAAUGUAUUAAUCGAACACAUUGGAAGAAUUGACCGAGCCGCUGAUUACGCAAAUAAUUGUGAUCAACCUGAAGUAUGGAGUCGUUUAGCGAAAGCACAAAUUGAAGGUCUAAGGAUUAAAGAUUCAAUAGAUUCUUAUAUCCGUGCCGAUGAUCCUACCAAUUUUCUUGAAGUAAUUGAUAUCACAUCACGCGCUGGAAAAUAUGAAGAUCUUGUUCGAUAUUUGCAAAUGUGUCGCAAGAAACUUCGUGAACCACAAGUUGAUAGCGAAUUAUUAUUCGCUUACGCGAAGACCGAACGAUUCCAUGAUAUUGAAGAAUUUCUUAAUUCAACUAAUGUAGCUCAAAUACAAACAGUUGGAGACAAGUGCUAUGACGAAGGUUUAUAUGAAGCGGCCAAGAUAUUGUUUUCAAGUGUCUCCAAUUGGGCAAGAUUGGCCUCCACACUUGUUCAUUUAGGAGAAUAUCAAGCUGCUGUCGAUGGUGCAAGAAAAGCCAGUAGUACAAAAGUUUGGAAAGAUGUACACAAUGCCUGUGUACAACACAAGGAAUUUCGCUUAGCUUAUAUAUGUGGUCUCAAUCUUGUUGUUCAUGCUGAUGAAUUACAGGAAGUUAUUCGUCAAUACGAAUAUAAUGGUUACAUAAAUGAACUCCUAUCACUUCUUGAAGCUGGUCUUGGCAUUGAAAGGGCACACAUGGGAAUGUUCACCGAAUUGGCAAUUCUAUACACAAAAUAUAAACCAGAAAAGACAUACGAACAUUUACGUUUAUUCUGGUCGCGUCUUAACAUUCCAAAAGUCAUUAGAGCUUGUGAUGACGCGCACUUAUGGAAAGAAAUGGUUUUUCUAUAUGAAAACUAUGACGAAUUUGAUAACGCUGCUCUUUCAAUAAUUACUCAUGCUGCUGACGCAUGGGAACACUCACGUUUCAAGGAUAUUGUUGUUAAAGUUAGCAACCUUGAAAUAUAUUACAAGUCACUGAAAUUUUAUUUGGAUGAGCAUCCUCUCUUGUUAAAUGAUUUAUUAGUGGUUCUUACUCCUAGAAUAGAUCAUACCAGGGUGGUUCAAAUGUUCAAGAAAUCCGACAACUUACCAUUAAUUAAAUCAUAUUUGAUAUCAGUACAGGAGACAAAUAAUGAAGCGGUCAAUAAUGCAUAUAAUGAUAUAUUAAUCGAAGAAGAAGAUUAUAAAUCUCUACGAGAUUCAAUUGAUAACUUCGAUAGAUUCGAUAAUAUCGAUCUAGCUCAAAGACUUGAAAAGCACGAGCUUUUAGAAUUCCGUCGUAUUGCAGCUCAUCUUUACAAGAAGAAUAAACGAUGGGCACAGUCUAUUGCUUUGUCUAAAGAGGAUCGACUUUUCAAAGAUGCUAUUGAAACAGCCAGCGAGUCACGCUCUACUGAAGUAGCGGAGGAACUUUUGGAAUACUUUGUACAGAUUGGAAAUAAAGAAUGCUUCACAGCAUGUUUGUACACAUGUUAUGAUUUAGCUAGAGCAGACGUUGUAUUGGAAAUGUCUUGGAGACAUGGUCUUACCGAUUUUGCCAUGCCAUAUUUGAUCCAAGUUAUGCGCGAAUUCAAUAACAAGGUUCAAAUACAAAUGGUAAAUCCAGCCGGAUUAGGAAACCAACUUUUAAUUACACAAGGACCAGGCCAAGGCAUGGUACCUCAAGGGUAUGGUAAUGCUUAUGGUGGUAUGUCCGGUUUUCAAGGUGGUUUUUAA